AUGGCCACCCAGCUCCUCUCGACACCCUCGACCCACCGCUGGUCUCUCGUUGGCUCUCUCGAUGCUGCCUGGAAUUCUCUCCGCGACGCCGUCAUCGACACUGGGUUUGGACCCCUGGCGGGUCUGGCAGAGGCUGCCGUCGUCAACCAUCUAAAUCGGAUGCAGCAUGGCCAGCUCGUCAUCGAGACUCCUUCGACCACAUACACUUUUCCUCCGCCCUCGACCGAUCCGUCGACCAACAAACACGCCCAUGUCCACGCCCGCCUACGAGUAGUCAAUCCUGCAUUCUGGAUACGUCUUGCAUUCAUGUCCGACCUCGGGUUUGCAGAGGCCUACAUGUAUGGCGACGUCGAAUGUACAACCCUACCAUCUCUCUUCUUGCUAUUCCUCCUCAACAAACAAGCCCUCUCAUCCCUCAACACCCGCCUCUCGUCCCUUCUCUCGCUCCCUCAGCAUCUCCUCACAAACCAACGCUUCCUCAACACGCUCACAAACGCACGCUCAAACAUCUCUGCACACUAUGACAUUUCAAAUAAAAUGUUCGAGGGCUUCCUCUCAAAGGACAUGACUUAUUCCUGCGGCAUCUUUGCAGACCUCGACACAGACCUCGACGUAGACGAGUCUAUCCUCGAUCCGCUUAGUGCGAGUAGCAAAAUGGCACUCUCCCCUGCCAUCCUCAAGCAUCAUCGCGACCGACGACGGAUUCAAGGGUCGCAGUGGUCCACAGUCGAGACGGACGUUGUCAAGGCUGCUGCAAAUCUCUUGCAGCAAAUGACAAACAUGCACGGAUUCAGUGGCAUCUCCACACCAGACGAUGGAGAUGUCGACUCGGAUGCACGAACUGCCGUAGGAUCCUCUCCAUCCUCUUCCCCUUCCCCUACGCGUAAAUCAAAGUCCACCCACGCCCGCACUGCUUCCGCAUCCUCUCUCCCUUCACAGGAACAACAAGAACAAAGCCAAGACCAUCGCAAGGGCAUCGCUGAUCUGCCGGGCGAACAAGAUGAACUCUUUGCGUCCCAACUCCGUAAAGUUCACCACAUCAUCCGCAAAGCCAAUAUUCAGCCACAUCAUCGUGUCCUCGAGAUUGGUUCCGGAUGGGGUGCGCUCGCCAUCGAGGCCGUCCGUCUCACUGGCUGCACCGUCGACACCCUCACGCUCUCUGUUGCCCAAAAGGAACUCGCAGAGGAGCGCAUUCGACAGAUGGGUGAAGAGUACAGCAGCAAGAUUCGCGUCCAUCUCAUGGACUAUCGCGCUAUGCCAAAGGAAUGGGAGGGCACUUUCGAUCGCAUGGUUAGCGUCGAGAUGAUUGAGGCAGUUGGUAAAGAAUUUUUGGAGGAAUACUGGCGCUGCGUCAGUUGGGCACUCAAGGACAAGGAUGCAAUGGGUUGUGUGCAGGUCAUCACGAUCCCAGAAGCUCGCUUUGAGACGUACACCAAAGAAGUCGACUUUAUUCGCAAAUGGAUCUUCCCCGGUGGCUUCCUCCCAACCGUCUCUUACCUCGUCCAAACCCUCACGGCUGGCUCCAACAAUACGCUCGUCAUCGAUGCCAUCAGCAACAUUGGCCCCCACUAUGCACGUACCCUCCGCGAGUGGCGACGCCGAUUCGAAGCCAAAUUUGACUCGGUCAUCGUCCCCGCAUUGAGAGAAGAGUACCCAGACGUCAUGGGCGCACAUUUGGGCGAAAAGGGCGAACGCGAGAUUCAAGUGUUUAAGCGAAAGUGGAUUUAUUACUAUGUCUAUUGCGAGAUUGGAUUUUCGACGCGCACCCUCGGCGACCACAUCCUCACGUUUACGCGUGAGGGAAACGCAGAUUUCGGGUGCGAUGUGUAUCAUUAG